AUGGCGACACUUGCAGAAUCCAGGGAUCCGAUCCAGAUACCCCAGCUACCAUCCGGAUCUGUCAAGGAGUUCAUCCCCUAUAUGUCCAAGAACCCCGACAAGUCUAUGGAAGAGAUCCUUGAGCCAUACAAAGCUUUCGAGGGUGAACUCCGCAAAGUAUAUGCUCAGCAACCAACCCACGAUGCUGUCAAGGAUGGAGCUGUCAAUUUGGUUCCAGUGUUUGAUGGACAUGAGCAGGAACUGAAGAUCCGGGCUCGAUCUUUGGUUACUGAAUCUGAGGGAGAAUCUUCCAAGUACAUUAUGGAAUUGAAGGAUGAGGACCGCAAGCCAAGCGGAUCUCCCGCUGUCGUGUCCUCUUUCAAGGAUUUCCAGCGGAACUUCAAUCUCUUUUCCGAGUCGUCCCUUACAGAAGUUGAUUGGCGCAAUGUUGUUGCAGCCGGAAGCGCAGUCACCACGUCUCUGCUACCCGUUCCAGAGAAGUGGGCUGGCAGCAAAAAAUCCCUUCGCGAGUACUAUCACCAACACCUUGCGCCAGCUAGCGACGUUGACCUCUUCCUGUAUGGUCUCAACGAGGAGCAAGCUCUCGAGAAGAUCAAGCAGAUUGAGAGAAGCAUCAAGGACAGUAUCCUCCACGAAGUUACGACAAUUCGAUCCAAGAAUGCCAUCACCAUUGUCAGCCAAUAUCCAACUCGCCACGUUCAGAUUGUCCUCCGGCUGUAUGAUUCUAUCUCUCAGAUUAUCACGGGAUUUGAUGUCGACUGUGCUUGUGCUGCUUACGAUGGCAAGCAAGUUUAUGCUGCUCCGAGAGCACUCGCUGCCUUUGUGACGCAAUGCAACACCAUAGACCUCACCAGACGGUCUCCUUCGUAUGAGAACCGCCUAUCAAAGUAUAGCCACCGUGGGUUUGAGGUUCACUGGCCGCUUCUGGACCGGAACCGAAUUGACCCCACCAUCUUUGAGCGUACCUUCGGUCGUAUCCAAGGACUUGCUCGACUUCUGAUUCUGGAAAAACUUCCCAAGAUUGCCGACCGAGAUAGUUAUAUGGACCAGCGCCGUGCCGAGCGCGGCAGACCUGCCUUGAACCGUGGCUAUCGCAACACGUAUGGCAUAGGAGGCAACGUCAAAGAUCAGGAAGAAGACGAGGUCGCCGAGUGGGUCGAUGAGUCGGAAGUUGCUUCUUAUCAUACAAUGACUGUUCCUUAUGGAGAAAAGUACCAUGCCAGCAAGAUCAAUCGACUUCUUUACGCCAAGGACCUCCUUCUUAACGCUGAAUGGAAUUUGCCAAAAGAUCGCGAGGUUUACCUUCAUCGACACCCCUGCUUCUUUGGUACUGCUGAGGAAGUUAUUCAGGACUGUUGCGGUUAUUGUCCGAUUCCCAAGACUGAUGAAGAAAUUGAGGUUGCUGAAGAGGAGAGUAAGACCUACGUAUCUGGUGAGCUAAAAUUCGUCAUGGAUGAUCCAGGACGCCAGGAAAUUGGCUCUUUCAAUCCAAUCACCGAUGACGAGUGGACUACUAUGGCCUACGUGGGCGAUACUGCUCGCCUCUGCCAAGCGAUUGUGGAUGAAGAUCUUGAGCAUGUUCAAGAUUGGUGUUGUCAGGAAGAUGUUGAUGUUAACCGCCGAGACUACACUGGUCGUACGCCACUGCAGCUCGCUGCUAUGGCAUCUACUGCAGAGAUUGUUCAGUGCCUGAUUGACAAUGGCGCACGCAUGGUCGCUAGACUCGUCGAUGGAAGAACUGCGUUGCAUAUUGCUGCUGGUCGUGGCAAUGCACAGAUGGUCAAAGCACUCAUGAACAGAAGCUUGGAGAAUGAGGAGGACGAAGAAGAAAUGAAGGAGGCUCGUCGCGAUGCUAGACGCGCGGAGCAUGCCGCCGAAGGCGAGUCCACAGACAGCGACAAUAAAGACGGAGAUGACGAAGGUGAUGAUGCGAAUUCCGAGGCCUCAGAAAUUACCUUGGAGAGCGAAGAUUCGGACUCAAUGACUAUGGGAUCAUUUGUCAAAAUCGACAAAGAUAAAAAAGACGAGGAGGUUCUUGAGGACGAUUCCAUGGAAGACCCAGAUGUUUAUGAUAUCGAUGUCAUCGCCUGGGAUUACGGUCUCUCUCCCCUCCAUCUUGCCAUUCUCAACGGACACCUGGAAAUUAUUGAUCUUCUUGUAUCCGAGUAUGGGGCCGAUGUGCUCCUUCCUGUCAAGCUUGUUGAUCCUGGUACCAGCAAUGCACGAGCAGCAAUCAUGACUAUCGUUCUUGCCAUGUUUCUUCCCACGGAGAAAGCCAAAAAGGUCGUGAAGAAACUUCUUGAACUCGGAGCUACAUCUGCUCAAGGAGAUAUGCAACAAAAUUCAGCCUUUCAUUAUGUUGUCUCUCAGGAUAAUAGUGAUAUUCUGGACGUCCUGCUAUCCAACGAUCGUCCUGCUGCACUUAGUGUUCUCAACAAUAUGGGGUUCAUGGAUCAUUGGGGCAACAACACUGUGUCGCCACUGACCACCGCAGUUCAGAAUAGGAACAAAGACUUGGUUGAAAAGCUAUUGAAGCUCGGCGCGAAUCCAUCGGUAUCAUUUGAAGUUUGGAUUAAGGCGUACUUGGCCAAGAAUGAUUGGGCAAAAACGCAGUCCUCAGAGUCAAACAUGAACUCUUUUCGGCAUUCAGUCUCUCAGCCUAUCAUUACGGCCGCUGACAUGGAGAUGGGAGAGACUGUCAUGGACCUUCUUCGCCAUGGUGCAGACCCUGCCACUCUUCAACAAUCAAGUUGGCACCUUGUUCAGAAUCCAAGCAGGAGCCAUUAUGACACCGGAAAAAGCCUGUUAGACAUCAUUCAGAUCAAGUUAGAAGCACUACGCAACUAUAGGGAGCCAGAUAAUAGUCCGAAAAAACCAGAAACUCUCAAGUCAGAGGAGCAUUAUACUAGCGGGCUUACUGACGGAACUUAUCGACAUUGGAGUGCUACGAGUGACUUUCAGGAGAUGAAACGAUCCAACCAAAGACAGUGGUUAGAGUACCAGGAUUCACUUUCAACCAAGGAUGAAAAUGGUGUGAGUGAAAAGAAAGCCGCAAUCGCUAAAUUGAUACAAGAGCUCGAGGUUACUGAGAAGUCGUUGCUUGAUGUUGGUGCUAAGCCAUUCUAUGAAAUGUUUCCCGAGAUACCGAAGCUCCAGAACAACCAUUAUCCAUCUCAACAUUUCGGGCGCAAGUCAGAGCCUUACGAUACGAAAUUUACCAUCCGCGUACCAGAUCUAACAGAUGUCAAGAAAGAAGGUUACUUCAAACUCUUUGAAGCAGCGUGGUCCAAUGAUCUAGAAACUAUCAAGGCAAUAACUCUUGCGCCCUGGGCUAGGGGGAAAGACGAAAUUUCUAACCCCCCACUACAGAUUGCUGUUCAGGAUGGUAAUGGCUUUAGUCCGUUCUCUAUUGCAGUGAAGAGAGGACACCGCGAACUUGCCCGAAAGAUUGUGGAGAUCUGCGUUACUCAAUAUCACGAGGACGACAAUAAGACUCAUCGCGAGCGCUGGAAUUUGAGAACAGAUGAUAGCGACGAUGAAGACAAUAUUAACGAGCUCCCUCCGAUAUUUUCAGAGCUGAUCAGCGAUAAAUUCACUGUUGACAAUCUGGGAGAAGUGUCGAAUGUUGUCAAGAGCCAUGUGCUACCGCUGACAAUGAUCGAAUGGAAUUGCCCAUUUGAGAGAUUUGCGGACAACUAUACCGGCCUUGGGUCUCGAGGGAAUCUCUUGGCCGACGCCGUUGACUCGGAUGAUAUGGAUCUUUUGAAAUUCAUGCUCGACCUCGGCGCCGAACAACAAGCCCUUCGCGCCGAAGAACCAGAGGAUCGAAAGGCAUACACAAUUGGUACGGAUGUGUUUCAACGAGCAAUUCAGCGUGGUCAAACCUCAAUGCUGGCUGAAAUGAUCAAAGCUACCGGUGUUGGGAUUCCCUUGAAUGAUCUCAUCCAGAAGAGUGGCGUCGAGAUCAAUGAUAAACCUAAAUAUUAUCAGGGUCUCAGUGUUGGUGGGAAAAAGCGUGCAGAUUGGGCGCAAGCUCCCGGUGGUAAUGUCGCAGUUGCUGAAAACAAAAUCCCCCCCUUGCUCCUGGCUGCUCACGCGGGCAGUAUCGAGUCUGUGGAGUGGUUCAUGAGCGAUGCCCCAAUGCGACGUUACAAGGAGUUUGCAGAGCAAAACGAAAAGGACAAGAGAAUUAAGUCUCUAACAGAGUCAGACAAAGGGUUUGGCAAGACUAUUGGCAAAUGGUUGGACACGAAAAGCGAACUGACACUUCACUGUGCCAUACUUUGGGCACCAUGCGCCGAACUCAAAGAUACAUAUCUUGCGCUUAUCAAGCACCUCGUUUCCGUUAUGCCGGAAACCUUAGAGCAGAAAUCAUCUGAUGGAUGGACGCCACUACAUCUUGCCGUUUGUCAGUAUCAGGAAGAAGUUGUUUCUUAUCUGAUCUCUGUUGGAGCAAACCAGCGCUCUCGUGAUAGAAUUGGCCGCAACAUGAUCCACAACAUGGUCAAGCCUCCUGUCUACUUUCCAAUUGAGAAGGUCAAAGAGACACUCCCAAAACUGCUCGAACUCUUCGAUAAAGCCGCCGUAAAGGAGAUGCUUCUGGAGCGCUGCAACGAAACUCCUGGAGCGUUGACUCCUCUUGCAUAUUGGAUGGCUAGAGCUGGAACAGGAUGGUCCAAGGACCCAUACUUCAUUCCUAUCCUGGCUAAGCAUUCUUCGAGCGAGGAUCUCGAGAUGGUCAAUGGAGAAGGAGACUUACCUUUGCAUGUGGCGGUUAAACAAGGCUGGAGCACAAUGACUUCAUAUCUCCUCUCCCUCAACCCAUCUCUACUGUACCGCGAGAAUUCAACCGGCCGUACACCCCUCGAAAUGUCUCGAGACAAGUGGAUCGCCUCCUGCGCCGAGAACCCGCCUUCGAUUUCCGUCCGUAACCCACACGCUCACUACACUCUGAUUCAAAGAUCGGCUUCCGAUUUUGUCAAGAAGGACGUAGAUAGGCUAGGAGACAGCGCGAAGCGCACUUGGGAAAUUUGUGCUAAGGCUGACGAGGAAGCAAGCGAUGGUAUGAGAAAGAGGAGACUUGUAAGCUUGCUUGAAGCCAAUGAAGUCGCUAAGCGGGUUGCGGGGUCGAAGAGCAGAUCUGGGGGACGCCAGACUGUUAUCAAUGGCGGACUGGUUGUUACGGAAGGAAGUUGGGAUAUUGUGUCGUCGUGGAAUCAGAGAUGA